GGACCCGGUGAAGGAGGGGAGGGUUUGGUAUCAUGGCCGCACGAAAAACUCGGAAAGUUAGUCACGCUUCUGUCGGUCAGCCUGAAGGCCAGCAUGGAGUGGACAAGCUGAGGAAAAGGAAGGAGCUCUUCAUCCAGCAGUUUGAGAAGGAAGCGCAGGAACGGGUCAACGAGAUGGAGGCCAAGCUGGACAAACUGCUGUCGACCGUGGACAGAACGUUCAAGAUCGAGAUGAUGAAGCUGCCCCAGUCCCUCCACACCACGCUGAUCAAAGACCUGAUGAAUGCCCAAGAGUCCUCAGUUGGGGAGGUCACCAUGGCCAUCGCGUCUGCCUCUCCAGAGAUCAGCAGGCCUCUUAGCAGGAAACCCAGCAAAAAAGGCAAGGCCAGUAACUCGGCAGCACAGCCGAAAUCUACCGGUCAGAUCAAGACAGAUGACGGCACCAAGAGACGAACCAAGAAGAAAAUGCAGUCCAGUAACAGCACAGGAAGCCUCAGAAGUGCCUCGACUAUCAGCACGACAAGAACUAACGGCCGAGUGGUCAAACUCAGUGACCAGGCGCUGGUGUCUGGUUGGAAAGCGAGAUUAAAGAGCCGCUCACUCAGUGAAGACCUCUCUGGAAACGCUACAGCCAUGAUCACCACGUCUCUUGGGGAGACGCUGCUUCUGUCAGAGGAGAAUAAAGAUGCAGUCAGACUUGAACUUCUGGAUGACUUGGCGUUGUGUCAGAUGCAGAAGAUAAAGGAGCUGAUGGACUACCUGUUCAACAAGGUUAAGAUGAACAACACUCAAUGAUGUGGCGCAGUUCGAAGAACGCUGAUGGUUUUAA